AUGACUACUACUACAACCACUACCACCAACUUGCCCUCGAAGCGUCCAAACCUCAUGAUCGGCCAGAUCCUCGCCGACAACAGCAUCCUCGACAAGCCGCGGCCGGGCCCGAUUCCGCUGUCGCGUCGGCCUCCUUUGGCAGAAGUCAAGAACAGCGCGUCGGCUGCCUCGCCGAGGAAGCGGAGAGAGAAGGAGAAGGAGACUGCGCCGGAGCCGUCGCAGCAGAAGGAAAAGAGACAGGAGAAACCCAGCCUCGAGCGUGAACCUAGGGCGAAAGGCCUACCGCCGCCGCCGCAGCAGCAUCCGCCAUCAGCUCUCACAGCACUCCUCCUCUCGCACUCGUGCACAACGCCAACCCUCCCGCCGCUCCCCGCCCCGCCGCGGUCUCGCCAGCCAGUCCACAGCACCGCCCUCUCCGCCGCGCAAUCCGUCCCGCCGCCCACAGCCCCCACCCCCUCCCCUUCAAACCACCUCCUCCGCCAAUUACGCAAAACCCUCGAAACCUCUCCUCCGCGGCGGCGAUUACAGCCACCCCCACCCCCACCACCAGCCCACCCUUCUCCCCCGCAGCGGCGAUCGCAACCACCCGCACCGCACCCCACCACCCCCCCAAUCCCAACAAUAACCCUCGACUCCCUCCCGAGCUUUACACACCACAGCGAGCACGCGAUCACCUCUCUGCACUCGCCCUCACACAUCACCCUCCUGCUGCGCUCGACAGGCAACAUCUACACGAUCACGCGCAACACUUUGACAAUCGGCACGUCAACCUACUGCAUAGAGGACAUACCGUACAAGCACCUACCCGCAUUCCGGUACGUGCGCCGCUUCGUCGCCGCCGUAAGGAAGCGCACGGUUGUUGCCUUCGGAGGCGUUGGCGGGCUGCAUGGACGCGUCUGGGCGGAUGGGAGAGGGGUUGUUACCCUACAGCGGACGGGCGCGGGGGAGGGGAAGGGGGAGGGGGGGGAGACAGAGGUCGAGGUGCACUUCGCCGCCACCGGCGAGACGGCGGGCGCCGAGGGGGUCACAACUGAGGAGCUCAAGCACGCGCAGAGGCUGUACGUCUGGCUAAAGAAGCACCCUGCCGCGCUGCCCCCGGCGCCGGCGCCGGCCCCGGCGCCGAUGGUGGAUGGUGAUGAGUGGGAGUUGACGCCCGAGACGAGGUUUGUCAAGGCCGUUGGGUGGUGCCGGGAGCUGGGCGAGGGACGGUGGAGCUUGAAGUUCCUUGAUGGCGUUAGGGUCGAGAUUCGCGGGGGCGAGGUGUUGUGGAUCAGCCGGGAGGGGGCCAGGUGGAGUGUUGCUAAGGGAUUGAGGGAUGAGGAGGUUAGGAGGAGGGUCGCGUUGUUUGUUAAGGCGGGUGUGUAA